ACAGAAAGGAAAAUUCAAACUUCUGAGUUCUAAUAUUUUGGUUGAGAUAACAAACAUUAUAUCAGUCGAUGCUCAUGGUAACGAUUGUCAUGUUCAAUUAAGAACAGAGAUACAAACCCUAAUCUAAAAUAAGUAUUAAAAAAAAAAAUCUAAAAAGAGUCAUUUUAAUAUGAAAAGAAAUAGAAGAAAUUCUAUAAUAAUUCGCUAACUUGAGCAGUUCAAACUUAUUACGGUAAGAAGAGAACUAAGAAGUUUGAAUUUCCUGUAAAUUUUGGGUCGAACCUGAACGAAGAAAAAAUGGGGAAACCGCCGAAUUCGCCGGAGAAUCAGCCGCCUCUUCACCGGAGCGACGCCGAAGACGACGACGAGAACGUGAAGCAGCUCAAUGAAUGCUCAUCCUUCUACUUAUCGUUACAGGAUUGUCUUAUCAAAACUAACAGGAACUGGAAAGCUUGCCAGGCUGAAGUUCAAGCUUUGAAGUCUUGCAGUGAGAGAAGGAAACCUGGCCAACGCAAGUGAAGGUUCUGGGAAGGUGCAUAGUGUACCAAAUAAUAUCUAAGAUUUUAGCUUUACUUGAUUCAAAAUUUUGUUGUGUUAGACUUGUUUAAACAUGUUUUGAGAUAUCUAAAAGUGUUUGUCAUUAUAUCGAGACCUGGGCAACCCCUACCUUCUAUAGCUUUGUGUAUUACAACAAAUGAAGAGUGAAAAUUUGAACCUCCAACGUCAAGGGAAAUGAGUAUAUGCUAAUUACCACUGAACUAUGUUCAUGUUGACUUUA